AGCGGCCGAGUGGGAUCAGUCCAGCUGUGUGAAGACGACCAGGACACUGUCUGGACAUUAACUGUGAAAGAUUAAAGCUUGGACGUGUUUGUGAGACAGUCUGAGUUUUAGGAUUGUGGAGUUUCUGAUGGAGCGGAAAACAAACCUGACGCCGCUGUACUUCUGCUGCUGGAUCCUCGUCAACUCCGUGCUAAGUAAAGACUGGAGUCGAGGUUACACAGAGGAUGCACUCUUCAGGAGCUUGUUUGGAGGCUACAGCAAGUGGUCGCGUCCAGCACAGAACACCACGGACGUGGUGGUUGUCAAGUUUGGCCUUUCUAUUGCACAGCUGAUAGAUGUGGAUGAAAAAAAUCAGAUGAUGACAACCAAUGUGUGGCUGAAACAGGAAUGGCGAGAUUAUAAACUGCAGUGGAGGCCUGCUGACUUUGACAACGUGACGUCCAUCAGAGUUCCUUCUGAGCUCAUCUGGGUGCCUGACAUCGUGCUGUACAACAAUGCCGAUGGAGAGUUUGCCGUCACCCACAUGACCAAGGCCCAGGUGUUCCACACUGGUAGAGUCCGCUGGGUGCCACCGGCCAUUUACAAGUCCUCCUGCUCCAUCGAUGUCACCUUCUUUCCAUUCGACCAGCAAAGCUGCAAGAUGAAGUUCGGAUCUUGGACAUAUGACCGCGCUAAGAUUGAUCUGGAGCCCCUUGAAAGCACAGUGGACCUGAAGGAUUACUGGGAAAGUGGAGAGUGGGCGAUUGUGAACGCUGUGGGCACCUACAACACUAAGAAAUAUGACUGUUGCCGUGAGAUCUACCCCGACAUCACUUACUACUUUGUCAUCCGGCGUCUGCCGCUGUUCUACACCAUCAACCUCAUCAUCCCCUGUCUGCUCAUCUCCUGUCUCACCGUCCUCGUCUUCUACCUGCCGUCAGACUGUGGCGAGAAAAUCACGCUGUGCAUCUCCGUGCUGCUGUCGCUCACGGUCUUCCUGCUGCUCAUCACAGAGAUCAUCCCGUCCACGUCGCUGGUCAUCCCACUCAUCGGAGAGUAUCUGCUUUUCACUAUGAUCUUUGUCACACUGUCAAUCAUCAUCACUGUGUUUGUGCUGAACGUUCACCACCGCUCGUCGGAGACGCACACCAUGCCUCGAUGGGUUCGGAGGCUUUUCCUCUCUGUGGUACCACACUGGCUGUGCAUGAAGCGUCCACUACAUGUAAGGGAAUACCGCCUCACUGAUAAUCCCCUCAAUGAAUCCACCUGGAACACUCAGGAAUCGAUUAUUGAUUUCCAUGGUUACCAGGAUGACAGCAGUUACCACCAACUCAACUCCUUUGGCACCAGAGAAGAAGUGAACUUCUGCAAACUUCAUGUUUAUCCAGGUUCACAUCACUUGGCAAGUUUUGGGAUGAGGAUAUCUGGUCAGCCGGGGAUUUCUUUCCUGUCUCCUUCUUCACCUCAGCCUCUCAAAUUGGACUGGGAUGCAACUCACAGUCGGAUCCAGAGUCAGUCGGACUCCCUUCUGUCGCCUUCGGUGCUAUCAGCCAUUGAGGGGGUGACGUAUAUUGCACAGCACCUGAGGGCGGAGGAAGCAGAUUUUUUGGUGAAGGAGGAUUGGAAGUAUGUGGCCAUGAUUGUAGACCGGAUCUUCCUGUGGAUGUUCAUUAUAGUGUGUCUACUGGGAACCGUUGGGCUCUUCCUGCCUCCAUGGCUCUCUGGGAUGAUUUAAAACCAAUCUGAAAACUUAAAGCAUGAAUAAUAAUCAAAUUAAUAACUACAACAUGUCUUUAGUUGGUGAUUGAUUUUUUUCUUUUUCAUUUCAGAUAAGGAAACAGACUCCAAACUUGCUUGUUAACUGUUGAUGUCAAAACCCAGCUGUGUUACUUUAAGUUAUUUUCUCAUGCAUGAAAACAAAUAAAAGUGCAAAUUAUUAAACAUGAUGUAGUAGUUUACUAAAGAAACAGCAACAUUUAUUCUUCAAAGGUCCACUGUUUAGGAUAUAGUGACAUAAGGUGGCUCAAAUUGCAACCCACUGCAACUCCCACUUUCUUAUAAACUAUGUUGGCCAAAUAAAAUACUUGCUUGACAGCCAGUGUUUGGUUAGCCCUUUCUAAAGUUUGUGAACUCUGCUCCUCUGGUGUUAGCAUGCUAACUGCUGCAGCCGUCGGGAAUCCUGCACUCACCCUGACAGAAUGUGACGUGAGGGGAACACUGAGGGGAGUGAGCUGCAGGAAAGCAA